GUGUGAUGAGGUUGAGGAGCAGGCGCGGGCGGGGAGCAGCGCGGGGGCCGUGUAGGUGCUGAGGCUCGCACCGUCAGGAUGGACCACAGCGUGAAGGCCAUGACGCCGCACCGGAAGGUGGCCUUCUCCCGGCUCUGCCACCGCCACCGCUUCGAGAAUGACGAGCUCGAGAACCUCUACCGCCGCUACACUCUCAAGCUGCAGCAGGCGAGCGUGGCUGCAGCCGCCGCCCUCCUGCUGACGCUGUCGCUCCUGCUGGCGGCUCUGCACGUGACCUACGCCCAGGUCGCGGCGCCCGCGCCCAUCACCCUGCUGGCCCUGGCGGUGGUGCUGGCCGCGCUGCUGGUCGUGCUGCACUCGCGCGUCAUGAGGCACUCGUACCUGCUGCCCUCCUGCUACCUGCUGCUGGCCCUCGGCGCCAUCCUGGUCGCCCUGGCCCUCCCCCUGCCCUCGGGCUGGGGCUGGGUGGGUUGGCAGACCAGCCCGACGGCCGGGCAGGGCGUCUGGCACGCGACCUUCGUGGCGUUCCUCGUCUACGCCCUCACGCCCAUCUCCACGCCGCUGGCCCUCACCUACGGCGUCGUGCUGCCGGCCGGCCAGACCGCCCUGGCGGCCACGCUCGCCAACCCCUUCCCGCACAUCCACUGGCAACAGCUGGUGGCCAACAGCGUGGUGGCGGCGGCCGUGAACGUGGCGGGCGUGUGGCUGCACCAGAUGAUGGAGGCGGCGCAGCGCAAGGCCUUCCUGGACACACGCAACUGCAUCGCCGCCAGACUGCACAUGGAGGAUGAAAAUGACAAACUGGAGCGGCUGCUGUUGUCGGUGUUGCCACAACACGUGGCCAUGGAAAUGAAGGCCGACAUCAUCAAACCCGUGGAGAGACAAUUCCACAAGAUCUACAUCCAGCGACACGAGAAUGUUAGCAUGGUCUUCGCGGACAUCGUGGGCUUCACAGUCCUGGCGUCGCAGUGCACGGCGCAGGAGCUCGUCAGACUCCUCAACGAGCUCUUCGGGCGCUUCGACCAGCUGGCGGACGAUAACCACUGCCUGCGCAUUAAGAUCCUGGGCGACUGCUACUACUGCGUGUCGGGCCUGCCGGAGCCUCGCAGUGACCACGCUCGCUGCGCCGUGGAGAUGGGACUCGACAUGAUCGACGCUAUUGCAUCUCAACUUUUUGCCAGAAGCAGCAAACACUGCAAAGGGGAAAGAUCUGUGGUGGAUGCAACAGAUGUACAGCUCAAUAUGAGAGUGGGGAUACACACGGGCCGUGUCUUGUGUGGUGUUCUUGGCCUGCGCAAAUGGCAGUAUGAUGUGUGGUCCAAUGACGUCACUAUUGCCAACAUGAUGGAAUCAACUGGUGAACCAGGUCGUGUGCAGAUAACGCAGGCAACUCUAGAGUGCUUAGGCAAUGAAUAUGAAGUUGAACCUUCAGAUGCACAGUCAAGAUCCCAGUUUUUACGCGAUCGCAACAUCACCUCAUACUUUAUCAUCCCACCAGCUCGAAGACGCAAGCCCUUGCUGUUCAACACUCUCCAGGUACGGUCUGCCCUAGGCUCAGCGCACCGGAGGAAGUUGUCCUUCAAGAAUGUGAGCAACGUCGUGGUUCAGCUGCUACACUCCAUUAAGUACUCCAUGGAGGUGCCGUUCUCAAACAUGGCUAUUCCCCCACAAGACAAGUCAACAUCCAUUACCAAGAAGAGGAAUAUAUUCUUUCACGAAUACUACGAAAUAGAGCGAGGGUGCCCACAAUCUACUCUGUCAGACAAGUUCAAACGACCUUUCAAGAAGAGGCUGUCGUCCCUUCCUCACACACCUUCCAAUAGAGUCAAUAAGUAUUUAGCCCAGGCAAUCGACGCCAGGUCUGUGGACAGAGAAAAAUCUACACACGUAUCACUCAUAACGCUGUGCUUCAGGGACCGUGAGAAAGAAAGAAAUUACCAUGAAGAAGUAGAUGUGGGCUUUGGAAACUCAUUGCUGUGUUCCCUGUUUUUACUGUUGUUUGUGGCAUCAGUGCAGGCACUGGUGUUACCGCGCACUUUGCUCUUCCUCUUUUUGUUUCUGGCAGCCUUUGUUACAAUAUCUGUUAUGCUCAUUGUUCUUCUGGCAUCUAGAUUAAAAGUAACAACAUGGGAUCCAGCCAGGAGAUUUGUGCUACGUCUCAUUUUGACAAUUAUAGCUGUGACAGUGAUAUACAUAAUGGCCCAAGUUAAUUCGUUUACAUGUGAUUUACCACAUGUACCUUGCAAAGCCAAUGUGACUGACCUGACUCCUCUACGUUCGGGCCCCCAAGAGUUUGUACACAAUUUGUGGUGUCCUUUGCCAGAAUACAUCCCUCUAUCUUGCAUUGUCGGCUUUAUGGCAGUGGCAGUGUUCUUGCGGCUGCCAGUGUUGGUCAAAACACUACUCCUUGUGUCAAUGGCAACUGUAUACUCGCUCUUGAUCUUCAUCACCCAUCUUCCGGUCUUUGAAUGCUAUGAUAUCAGAGUUGGGGCACUGGUUCCUACAGAGGUUUUGGGAGUCGUAUACAUCUUGCUCUUUUUACUUGCUGUUAUUGCUCAUGGUCGCCAAGUUGAGUGGACUGCGCGCCUUGAUUUUCUCUGGCAGUGCCAGGCAUCAGAAGAAAAGCAAGAUAUGGAUGCCCUACAGGAGAGCAACCGUCGCAUCUUGUUUAAUUUACUGCCAGCUCAUGUUGCUACACAUUUCCUAGACAACCAAUUUAGAAAUAACAUGGAUCUUUAUCACCAGAGUUAUAGUCGCGUAGGAGUGCUCUUUGCAUCCAUUCCUAAUUUCCAUGAGUUCUACACUGAGCUUGCAGUGAACAACCAAGGCACAGAAUGUCUUCGUCUCUUGAAUGAAAUCAUAGCAGACUUUGAUGAGCUGCUGGAUGAUGAGCGUUUUAAAGCUAUUGACAAGAUCAAAACUGUUGGAUCUACCUUCAUGGCAGCUGUGGGUCUCAUGCCUGACAUGAGAAUACUGGAUAAGGAUGACUCUGCAAACUACUAUAUGACGAUGCUUACUGAGCUAGUCUUUGCCUUUAAAGAUAAACUUUCAAGCAUCAAUGAAAAUUCUUAUAAUAGCUUUACCUUGAGAGUUGGUAUGAAUAUUGGACCAGUUGUAGCUGGCGUCAUUGGGGCAAGGAAGCCUCAAUAUGAUAUUUGGGGUAACACUGUUAAUGUUGCCAGUCGUAUGGACUCCACAGGCCUUCCUAAUCAUACUCAGGUAACUGAAGAGGUUUACCAAGUCCUCCGCAAGGGAGCUUACCAGUUCCAAUGCCGUGGAAAAGUUAAGGUCAAAGGAAAGGGAGAAAUGACAACAUACUUCUUAGUCGAUAGGAAAGAAGCCCCAACAAUUAAAGCUGAAGAUGGUCCUAGGCCACCAAAGGUACCACCUCAUCUCCAGAGUUAUGGAGGUUUGUAUGGAGGAGUAGCGACCCCUCUAGCCAUGGUACCCCCCCAGAUCCCUCCUCAUGGCCGCAGUCUAUCUCAGGGUCUAACAGGCCAGGGAGGACAAGGGCAAUCUGGGGGGACACCAAGAUCACGACGCAACCGUGAUUCCUUCUGUGACGACAACCAGGUUGUAAACAUGAACAUGAGCCAGUGUGUAAGCAAGAUGGGUGGUCGGCAGCCUUCUGGGGAAUGCCAGAGGUGUGAAGAAGAACCAUUGUUAGAUAAAGUUCCUCCAGCACCUCUCAGUGCUCACGUGUUGCCUCCAAGAUUUUCAGUAGCACAAAUGCGGGCGUGUAACAAAUCACAGACACCAACAAGGGCUGCCAUGCAACAAAUGAAACCACAGAAUCAAAUUCCAACAACCAAGACAUACUCUCAGUCCCGUCCCCGCACAUACAGACCAGAUGAAUAUAACCUUCCUCAGAACUCAUAUGUCCCAACGUGGGCUCGCUCACAGAGUGGUGGACGACCCAGUGCCAGUGGGGGAAAGAAGUCAUCUGGACGUAGUCGGACAUCACCCAGAAAGGAAAAUGAUGAUGGACAGAUGCGACCAUUAGAUGCAGGAAGAACUGCUCUUAGUGGAGGACUUGUUUUGCCUCCUAUGCCAAGACACCACCAUGUGGAGGAAGCAGGCGUGCGCCAUAAGUUACGAUCAUUUACACGACACUAUAGUGAUGAUAGCUUACAUGGCUCCUCACAUAGAGAUCUACAGUCUACUAGAAUCCAUUCUUCAGCUGAUGAAAUUAGCUCCCUUAAUCGAUCUCCAAGUCUCAGUUCCUCUGAUGAAAGUUUCUCAAGAACAGAUUUUUCACGCACUGAUGCCGAUUCACCAUCUCCUCAACAUGCCCCCUCUCUCAGUGAUGAACGUUUCAAGUACAUGUUUGGAGGCAUGAAUCUAGAGGGAGCAAUGGCACCAGGAUUUAGAGAACUCUCUCCACAAAUUUAUUCUGAUUAUUUAUCUAGUGUGAAAGCAUCCAGUGAUGAGAGCUCUUUACGGUUAAAUAGUCUGUCACGUGACUCGACAACAUAUUCUUACCCAAAUGUGCCAGGACUUUGGAGAGAAACAGACAUAGCCAGUCCUACCCAUGAUGAGAGGAUGCGAAGAGAUGACCUAGUGAUACCUAAAUUAACUGCUGAAUUUUCGAGUGACAAGAUGAAACGUAGUAAACAUGGUGAUAAAGCUGAUGUGGAGGUUCCGUCCCAUGUUGAUAAUUGUGUGAGUCACAGUGCCUCACCAUCCAGUGAGAAAGUAAGGCCAGGGUGUAGACUGAGCUAUGUAGACUGUGAUAUAAACUCUCCAUCAAGAACUAGUGCCUCUGGCAGCACAAGUCGCAUGAGAAGUUUAGAGAAGAGUCCAAGAGAAAGCACAGCCAUGACCCCCGACAGUGUUAUUAUGGUGCCAAAGAAGCGAUCUCUUUCGAGAGAAGAAGGCAUGAAAAUAGGAAACCAUGUUAGUACAGAACAUGACAUAUUCAGAAAACGUAGUACAGAGCGACCAAAACGAGAUGGAGAAUGCCAGACUGACCCGAGAACACAUCAUCAUAAGAACAGUGCCACAGGAGUUAAAACAGGAGACAGAAACAAGCCAGAGCGGAAAAUUGAAAAAUCUGCAACAUUUGAAGGAAUACCAGAAGAUCCAAAAUCUACACACCGUGACGGCAGUGAAGGAAGAGUCACAGCUGGAUGUGGACAUAGUGAGUAUGAGAACAUGGAAUCAGAUGUUCCCGAUCUCUCAACCGAUGAUGAAGGGUUGAAUAAUAUCAGAAUUGAAGGCCAAGAGAUGAAAAAUGAAGCGGUGGGAGGCAGACGAAGUGAUGGAUGGAAAGAGGGAAGGUACGAGAGCCACAGUUUAGGACGAGGGCCAUCCAAGGGAGCUGAACAUCCUACAGAUGAUGAGGAUGAUAUAAGAUCGUUUGAAGAGGAAGAGAGAAGGAUGGCUCAAGAACUUCAAGCUGCAGAAAUGGCAGAAGCUACCAAAUCUUCAGUUACACAAAGUGGUGGUAUUGGUGAUGGUGGUGAGACAAGUCAGUCCGAGUGGAGUGAGGACGAUGAUGGUGCUGCAUCUGAACCACUGUUAGAUCAAGAGAGUACAGGCUAUACCACUGAUGACCCAGCAUUAGAGCAAGUCUCCAUGAUGAAUGAUGCUGGCCUAACAGAUGCUGAGGGUGCCUUGAGUGAUGUGAACUCCAUUUAUAAUGAUCCACACCAGUACGAUGGAGAUAUGGAUGACACAAGUAUGUCCUCACGAGCAUCAUCAAGAAUAUUUGAUUCAGAUGCAAUUAUAUCCUUCGACCAGAUUAAUGCCUACUAUGAGUCUGAGUAUGACAACUAUCGUCCAAGUGGUAUUACCUCAGAUGGCUUUGAUACAGAGCCACUCUCUGAUGUAGAUUUAGAUGGAAUAGAUGGAAUAAAUCUCCAGAACAUAAGAUCAAUGUCAGAAAGCAUUACAAGAAAUUUUGGACAGCCCCGAAGUGAAACUGAUGUUGAUAGUGAUGUAUGAUAUUGGGUGAAAUCCUUAAUGGAAGACUAUUGUAUUGAAACUACUGUAUAAAAGCUUGCACAAAAAUGCCAUGAUUCUGUUAACCAAGAAGGAACUGAUACAUAUGUAUCAUUAUGGACUAUAUGAUGUGACAAUAGAAAAUUCAUUGGCUGACUUGCAUUGGUUGAUUGUCAGCGUUAAAGGGUGGAUAUCUAUUUGGACAGAUAGAAAGAUUAAGAAUGACAAGCACAAGCACAAGAAAAGUUUUUUUUUUUUUUUAUAAAAUAAAAAAGACUUGUGAUAGUGCUAUCCUCUUCUUUUUUCCUUCUACAAGAAAUGUUAUAAAAGAAAAAACAUUGGCAUAACUUGCACAAUUCUCAUGACACUCCUAAGUAGGUGAAGGAAUUGGGCUGAUCAGUUUUGUAUCAAGUGUUAUUCAUAGAUUUGAUGCUGAUAGUGACUGGUUAGGGAUAUGACGAUCUAGAAAAGUGUUAUCCAUUAAUGCUUGGUAAUUUAUUACAUGUUUAAUGUUUCAAGUUAUACUAGUGUGUCAGCCAGAGACUGAGGUUGUUAGAGUGUAUGUUAAUUUGUGAAAACAUAUGUGUUUUAGAUGCCUGUAAGCUUCAGUUUUAUAGAGGGAUGAUGAAAAAAAUUGUUUCAAGAUGUCAUGUCCUAAUACUGGCAAUACAAUAGAGGGCAAUCAAAUAGGACUAGCAGUAUCGCAGUAUGAUUAACUUUCUAUUUUUUACAUAAAUUUGGCUGUGUCUGUAUAUAUAUACACCAUUCAUUUUUUGUGAUUCCUGACACUGCUGUUUUCUGAAUAUUACAUUAUUCAUGUAUUUACCUUUUGUUCCAAUAUAAUUUCUAGACUAUAAGUAAAAUAUGUGUAUGUGUGUGUAUAUAUGUAAAUGUAUUUUGGUUAAACAUACUAAAACCAUAAACAUUAAAUUAUUUGAAGUAUACCUAGAAAAUGUAAAUGGUAGUCUUGAUGAAUAUGGCUUUUAAAUCAAGGUAUUUGUAAGGAAAUAUAUAUAUAUUGAUAAUUAUCCAAAUGCAUAUGAUAGAAAUUCAAAGAAAUGUAAUAAAUUAAUCAGGAUAAAAGCUCUAAACUCAUUGAUGUUAGUGUUGAGUGUUAUUUUAAUUUUAUUUAAAAUUAUAAUCAAUCUUAUAGAAUGCUCAGUACUUUCUUGAUAAAACCAAAAAAUUUAAAGGCUUUUAUUACCACAGAUGUCAUUUGCUAUAGUAUAUAGUUCUAUUGGAAAUGCCCAUUGUAUGUUUUCAUUUUCCAACACACGAGCUGAAAGCUUUGUGUAGAAUAAUGAUUCUAAAUUAUCCUCUUGUCAUUGAUUUAUAACAGAAAAUGAAUUUGUAUAUUUUCAUCCAAGAAAUUGUCUGACA